AUUUUUGUAGUGAUCUUCGAAGUGGACACAAUUACCAAUAAUUAAGAACAAAAAAAAAUAAAGCUUAGUUUAUAAUAAAAAGUUGAAAGUGUUUUUUAUUAUGGAUAACAAAAUUUCUUGUGUUGUCUUCUUACUGGUUUUAACCAGAUUUUUUAUUGGAAUAAUUGGAAACCCUCCCGAUUGGAACAAAACCGGAUCAUUUUUAGACGUUCCCACGAAUCCUCCAGAACCUUGCGGUGAAGAUACGCCAUGUGGUUGGGGCUUAUACGACCGGUUUUCACGCGAGGUUGAUAGUUACAUGCAAAACAGGAAUUGUUAUUGCGAAGAAGGAACAGCUUGUUACCGUCAAGAAGAUAACAGAAUGAAGCUUGCUUUUAUUUAUCGAUGUAGAGUAAGCGAUCCUCGGGAUACCGGGGAAUACAACCCGUGGUAGUAUUUAGUUUUUUUUUAAGUAUAUAACAAUUUUAAGUAUAAGUAAUUUUUUUUAUUCCUUCCAACAUAAAUUAGGUUAUAAUUAAAAGAACUAAUAAAAGUAUUUCUUAGAUUAGGAGUGUCAAAAUUAUUUGUAAUCUUAUAAAUUAUUUCAUUUUUUGUAA